AUGGCUGUCAGUUCAGACCCACAGCUCCAAACUCCCAUGUACAUAUUCCUGGCCAACCUGUCCUUGGGAGACCUGUGCUUCACCUCCACCACAGUCCCCAGAUUGCUCUAUUCUCUGUUUACUAGAGAUCAGACCAUCAGCCACACAGCCUGCCUGACCCAAGUCUUCUUCUUCCACAUGGCAGGCAAUUUGAGCAGCUACGUGUUGGCAGCCAUGGCAUGGGACCGAUACGUGGCUAUUUGCCGACCAUUGCACUAUGCUACUGUGGUGACUCUACCACGCUGCCUAAUGCUCCUGGGUGGGCUCUGGGUUGGUACAAGCCUUCAUUCCCUGCUGAACACAGUCCUCACUGCCAGGCUCACCUUCUGUAGUCACCAUGAUAUCCUACACUUCCACUGUGAUAUUUAUCCUUUGCUGCAACUUGCCUGUUCUGAUACCUCCCUGAACUAUGAAGUAAUCCUAAUUGAGGGGAGUAUAGACAUCAUCUUGCCUGCUGCUUGUAUUAUCACCUCUUAUGGCUUCAUUGGUGUUGCUGUGAUUGGAGUUCGAGCCACUGGAGGUCUGCACAAGGCACUUGCCACAUGUGGAUCCCAUCUAGCUGUGGUCAUGCUUUUUUAUGGGACACUGAUUAUUGUUUAUUUACUACCCCUAAGUCAGGCUGAGGCUCAAGAGAAAACUACUGGCCGGAAGGUCACAAUGGUAGUGGGUUCAGAAAGGAAACUUUCUGAUCAAGGACUCCGACCUUUCCGUUUCCGGUACCAGGCCAAGGGAUUGGCUCCCUACUGGAAAUGCAGAUUUGAAAUUCAUGGGGAGAGUCUUCUAUACAAACCCCUAAAUAAGGUGAUGGCCACUCUCUUGAGCCCCCAACUCUUGACUCCGCAUGAACAAGACUGGGUCCUGAGAAUCAAUGUACCUUGCAGGCAAGAUCCAAUCUUAGAAAGAGAUAAAUCAGACCUUGAAGCUGCUCGACAGAAUUUUAGGUGGUAUCAGUACCCAGAAGUAGCUGGACCACAAGAAGCCCUCAUCCAACUCCGGGAGCUCUGCUCUCAGUGGCUAAGGCCAGAGAUUCACACAAAGGAGCAGAUCCUGGAGUUGCUGGUGCUAGAACAAUUUCUGACCAUCCUUCCUGAAGAUAUCAGGAUUUGGGUGAAGGCACAGCAUCCUACAAAUAGCAAAGAAGUGGUGAACCUGGUGGAAGACUUGACCCAAACACUUGAGGAGAGAGCUAUGAAUACUCAUGAUGCUAGCCUUUUUCAAGUGGAGGAAAGAGAAAAAGAGAGAAUGGCUCCUGAGCUUCUGACUUUGAGAUCUCAGGAAUCUGUGACAUUCAAGGAUGUGGCUGUGGAUUUCACUGAGGAGGAGUGGGAGCGAUUGGAUUCAGACCAGAGGGACCUAUACCUGACUGUCAUGCUAGAGAACUACAGGAACCUAGUCUUUCUGGGACUUCCAGUUUCUAAACCAGAAUUAAUUUUCCAAAUGGAUCAAGAGGAAGAGUCAAGAAUCCUGGAAAGAGAGGUCUCAAAAGCUUGGGACAUUGGGACUGAAAGCAAAAAGUCAGUUUGUAAUCCAUCCAUUUCUAUUGAAGAAUCAUUUUUGGAAAGACUUAAAAUGGUUGGUUCAAAAAAUUCUCAAGGACAAGAUUGGAAAUGCAAUGUCAAGGCAGAGAAGCAACAAUAUAUUUGGGAGAGACACUCUGAGGAAGUAAUGGUAGCCAACAAAAAAAAUUAUGGUGAUGACCAGGGAUGUAAUAAAUUUAAGAAAAGUUAUAACUUGGAGCCAAUCCUUUUUCCACCAAGAACAGAUUUUAUGGAAAAGAGACUCCAUAAAUAUUAUACACAUGAUAUAGUAUGCAAUGAGUAUCCAGAUAUGCUUAGAUGUAAUAUAAUCCCUUCAGGGAAGAAACUUUGCAAGAAUAAUCAAUAUGAGGAAGAUUUUGGUCAUUUCUCAAAUUUUAUGCAAUAUGACUUACAUAAUGAGGAAAGAGUGUACAAAUAUAAUGAAUGUGUGAAGCCCUGUAAUGAAAGUAUAAGCAUUACUCAACAUCAGGGAAUUCAUACUGAAGAAAAACGUUAUAAAUGUAAUGAAUGUGGCAAAGCCUUUAGCCGUAGCACAUUCCUUACUCAACAUCAAAGUAUUCAUACUGGGGAGAGACACUAUAAGUGUAAUGAAUGCAGUAAAGCCUUCAGUCAGAGAACCCACCUUGUUCAGCAUCAGAGAAUCCACACUGGAGAGAGACCCUAUGAAUGUAAUGAUUGUGGAAAAGCCUUUAGCCAGAGAUCCCACCUUGUCCAGCAUCAGAGAAACCACACUGGAGAAAAACCUUAUGAUUGUAAUGAAUGUGGCAAAGCCUUCAGGGACAGCUCAUCUCUUAUUCGACAUCAGAUCAUCCAUACUGGAGAAAAAACAUAUGAAUGCCUUGAAUGUGGAAAGGCAUUCAGUCACAGCUCAACCCUUACUCAGCAUCAGAGAACACAUACUGGAGAGAAACCCUACGAGUGUAAAACAUGUGGGAAAGCAUUUAGUCACAGCUCAUCCCUUAGUCAACAUCAGAGGAUCCACACUGGAGAGAAACCCUUUGAAUGCAAUGAAUGUGGAAAAGCCUUCAGUAACAGCUCAUCCUUUACUAAACAUCAGAGAAUUCAUACUGGAGAGAAACGUUAUAAAUGUAGUGAAUGUGGAAAAGCCUUCAGCCAGAGCACCCAUGUUAUUCAGCAUCAAAGAAUCCAUACUGGAGAAAAACCCUAUGAAUGUAAUCAGUGUGGAAAAGCCUUCAGCGAAAACUCAUCACUUACUCGACAUCAAAUAAUCCAUUCUGGAGAAAAACCACAUGAAUGCAAUGAAUGUGGGAAAACGUUUCGGCACAGCUCUUCUCUUAAUCAGCAUCAGAGAAUUCAUACUGGAGAGAAACCCUAUGAGUGUAGUACAUGUAGGAAAACAUUCAGUUGCAGAUCAUCACUUUGUAAACAUAAAAGACUCCAUAUUGAGAAGUUAUGUAAAUGAAAUAUGUGGUAAAACUUUCAACAAGAGCUUAUCCUUUAUAAAUACCUGAGAAUUGCUACUGAAAUGACGUACAAAUGUUUACUAUGUUUUCUUAUAAAGUAUAUCUUUUUAAAAGUUACUUCAUUAAUCAUCUGUAUUUUCAUCUUGUGUGGGUCCUAAUUACUAAUAAAGAUUGUGACUCCUUUAUACUAAGUCAGUAGGCCUUAUUAUGUUUUAUGGUCUUACAGAGCAAGUCUCCCCUUCACCAAUCAGCCUUUUUUCCAUAAAAGAAUCUCGUAUUUUUGCCAGUUUAUUUUUUUUUAACAUAAAUUGUCCUUUUGUGUAAUAAAAGAACCAUGAGAUAACAAAUCUAGUAGUAAAUCUAAAUUAUUUAACUACUAAAUAUUGGGCCUUUUACUGUAUUUAUUUAUCAAAUCCUUGUACAGAGGUAUUCCUUCUUUAUUCUGUUAUAAUAUUUUAUAAUUUUAAAAAAUUUCUUAGUGGGCUACUACCCAAAUAUUUGGGGAGUUUUGCCAUUAAUGUAAAUUUCUUUUCCUUUUAAAAGCUAGUUAAUUAUUUUUAUUACAAGUAUAAUAUAGUUGUUUUUGUCAGGUUUAAAUUGCAUCUCAAUUCCUUACUGAGCUAAUCUCAAUUUUUGUUGAGAAUUUGAAUUUUUCUAUAUACAGAAGGGUGUUUUCAACCUUUUUAUUAACAAGAUUUAUCCUUUUAACAUCUUUUUCUUACUGUCAUUUCAAGCACUUCUAAAACUAUGUAAGAAAAAGAGAAAAAUUUUAUUUUACCUUUUUUCCCCCAGUGGGAAAGCUUGUUUCUCUGUUACACUUACUUUUUUUGGUUUUUAUUAUUGUGCUAAUAAAAAAAAAGUCCUUUUGUUCCUCUGUGUGUCACAAAUAGGUGCUGUAUUUUGACAAUUUUUUUUGUGUUUUUCUGAUAUUAGGUUGUAGACUUGGGGCCUUAUGUAUAAAGUAGUAUUUUAAGUGAAUCCUUGAGAAUAAGAACUGAGAUGCUGUAGGCACAAAUGAAAGAAAAGCACUGCUCAAGCAAUAAAAGAAGUGACUUUCACUGGUAUCAAAGAGAGUAGGCGAUUUCCUCCUUACUGAGGACAGUGAAAAGUAAUAAUAUCCCUCCUAUAGACCAGUGCAAUAGAAUUGACAGUCCUUCCUGCCCUGACCCUAAGGGACUACAGUAUUAACAGGAUAAGGUUUUAGUUAGAAACAAUUGAAAUGUUUGUAAAGUGCUUUGCAAAUUACAAAAUAUUGUACAAAUAAACUUAUUUUAAAUGGUUAAAUUUUGAAUAAAAUUUUGUGAAAAUAUUUAAGU